UCUGGCUCCUCCCCUCUCCGUUCGCGCGGUGAACCCCUGGAGCUAGUCCAGGUCUGGUGUGGGGCCCUGGGAUCCUGGUCCCGGAUCAGUGGGGCCCCUCGCAGCACCCUCGCAAUUAACUCUACCUCCCCACACCCUCGAGUGACUCGUUUAGUCUCCCGAUAACCCCCGGCGACGAGUCCAGCAGCGCGCCCAUUCUUCACGCAGCGCCGGGAAGGACUUUAGAAGAGUUGGGAAUUCCACUUGCGGAUGAUCAUCACCCCCAUUGCACCGUCAAGGAAACAGGCACAGAAAGGCAAAGCGAAGCCAGCACCAAGAGGGCAAAGAUUUUUGCCUGUAUUGUUCCUUGCUGUGUCCCCAGUGCCUAGAAAAGCAUAUGACAAUGUGGCUGGAGGUGGGGGGCCUACUACGGGGGACCUGUGGCCAGUGGGGCCGGACUACUGGUCUGCCUUGUGGGGCCCUGGGGCCUGGGCCCCUCUGCUGGGGGCCAUGUGGGGGUCCUUGGACCCAAAAGCUUCACCAGGAUGGGCCUGGCAGGGGCCUGGGUGAGGAGGACAUUCGCAAGGCACGGGAGGCCCGGAUCAGGAAGACACCCCGGCCCCAGCUGAGUGACCGUUCUCGAGAACGCAAGGUGCCCACCUCCCGCGUCAGCCGCUUGGCCAACUUUGGGGGACUGGCUCUGAGCUUGGGGCUGGGAGCACUAGCUGAGGUGGCCAAGAAGUCCCUGCCCGGAGGACGUGUACAAUCAGAGGGAGGCUCCCGGCCAGGCUCCAGCCUUUUCCUUUCAGAGGCCAAUGCCGAACGGAUUGUGCAGACCUUGUGUACGGUUCGGGGGGCCGCCCUCAAGGUUGGCCAAAUGCUCAGCAUCCAGGACAACAGCUUCAUCAGCCCCCAGCUGCAGCGCAUCUUCGAGCGGGUUCGCCAGAGCGCCGACUUCAUGCCCCGCUGGCAGAUGCUGAGAGUUCUGGAAGAGGAGCUCGGCAGGGACUGGCAGGCCAAGGUGGCCUCUCUGGAGGAGGUGCCCUUUGCUGCUGCCUCAAUCGGGCAGGUGCACCAGGGCGUGCUGAGGGACGGGACAGAGGUGGCCGUGAAGAUCCAGUACCCAGGCGUCGCCCAGAGCAUCCAGAGCGACAUCCAGAACCUGCUGGCGGUGCUCAAGAUGAGCGUGGCCGUGCCAGAGGGCCUGUUUGCAGAGCAGAGCCUGCAGGCCUUGCAGCGGGAGCUGGCUUUGGAAUGUGACUACCGUCGUGAGGCGGCUUGUGCCCAGAACUUCAGGCAGCUGUUGGCAGACGACCCCUUCUUUCGGGUGCCAGCUGUUAUUCAGGAGCUGUGCACGACACGGGUGCUGGGCAUGGAGCUGGCUGGAGGGGUCCCACUGGACCAGUGCCAGGGCUUGAGCCAGGACACCCGGAACCAGAUCUGCUUCCAGCUCCUGAGGCUUUGUCUUCGGGAGCUGUUUGAGUUCCGAUUCAUGCAGACGGACCCCAACUGGGCCAACUUCCUGUAUGAUGCCUCCAGCCACCAGGUGAUCUUGCUGGACUUUGGUGCAAGCCGGGAAUUUGGGACUGAAUUCACAGACGAUUAUAUCGAGGUGGUGAUGGCUGCAGCCAACGGAGAUAGAGACCGGGUCCUGCAGAAAUCACGAGACCUCAAAUUUCUCACAGGCUUUGAGACCAAGGCAUUCUCGGAUGCCCACGUGGAGGCCGUGAUGAUCCUGGGGGAGCCCUUCGCCACCCAGGGCCCCUACGACUUCGGAGCGGGUGAUACUGCCCGCCGUGUGCAGGGCCUCAUCCCUGUGCUGCUGCAGCACCGGCUUCGCCCGCCGCCUGAAGAGACCUAUGCUCUGCACAGAAAGCUGGCGGGGGCUUUCCUGGCCUGUGCCCGCCUCCAUGCCCACAUCGCCUGCCGGGACCUCUUCCAGGACACCUACCACCGCUACUGGGCCAGUCGCCAGGCAUAGCCACUGCCCGAAGCCUCCUAACCAGAGGGAUGUCUGCUCAGACCCCUCAGAGACUCCAUCUCGGGAUUCCAGCCCCAUAGCAGGCCAUCCCCUGCUCUGAGGCCUCCUUCCCUCUCUGCUGCAGGUCUGGGGACCCACCUUGGGCUUGGGACUCGGGAACUCCAGCUUCAUACCCCCGUAUCCUGCUCUCCCCACUCCAAAGGGAGCAUCCAGGAACUCUACCCAGCCAAUAAUUUAUGUCUGCCAACAUGUGAGAGAGCCUUAGGCCCCUCCACACUGCCAUUGUGGAGAUCAGACUCACCUAGAUGGGGAGCCCCUGACCUCUGCCUCAGGUCUCCCCCAGAUGUGGCCGGUGUUUGAACCUUCGGUCCUAAUAAAAGUGGCCCUCCCCUUC